GAUCAAGAAUACGAUCAAGAAAAAAAUAAUAUCCACAUGGGUCGCCUUCGUCGUUCAAGAGCGCACCAUGCCCGACGGGAUGUUCACAGAGCUUCUAGGACUAGAGUCCGUACAAAAGACCUAGAUCAAAUACAGCUGAUUGACCUCGAUCCAAAAAACCGUGCAGCAUUAGAAGCACAACCUCUUGACUUUGAAAAACCAGGUUUAGCUCAGCAUUAUUGUGUCGAAUGCGCCAAAUACUACGAAACUGACUUUGCACUGCGGUCACAUUGGAGAAGCAAAGUUCACAAAAGACGAUGCAAAGAGCUCAAAGAGCCAGCUUAUACGAUAGAGGAAGCUGAGCGAGCGGCUGGCCUGGGCAGGGAAGGAAAACGUCCGGCGGCAGCGACAGAACCUCCCAUACCCAUAUCAGUUGGUAUGCCAUUGUGACCUAUACUUCCUACAGAUCUUGUGUUAUCACCUGUUUUUAAUACUGUACACCCGCCAACUGUACUAUU